GCCAGCGCGGAGCCCAGUCGAUCACAGGCUGGCGGACGGGAGAGGUGCUCCCGCGUGAACAGCUCGGACACACCACGCGCCACUGGGCCAGACGCGCGAGUGCCGCUGACCUUGGUGCUGGAAAGUCGCGCAGCCGAAAGAGCCCCGACCGACACUGCGCUGGGUGACGGAUAAACGUGUGCCUAACAAUUAAGAAUUCAUUCAGUUCAGUUAUUGAUGCAACAAAGGAUAUUUCUUUUUUGAUUUUUCGAAAUCGUGAUAAAAACCCUCAUAUUUUUGAUGGAAAAUUAAGUCAAUGUUUCUUGUCUUGAAGAGAAAAAUAUUUUAUCAAAACAAAUAGUUGAGCUACGAAGAUAUGGCGUUGCGUGCGCAUGCUGAGCACAGGCGAAGCGGAGAGUGUGUGUUUGUGACCAGGCGCCAGCGCUCCACUGGUUUCUCUCAUAUGUAGGCGUUUUCUCACACACACCGUGAGCCACCCGUUCCAACGCUACACCCUCGAGCUUCGUUCCUCCUCAGUAGCAAACACCACUGUGCUGUCUUUCUCUGGUCGGUCGGUCGGUUCGGUCGCCAUGCACCGUAAUAUGACACUUUAACGUAAAACAAAGAAGCACCAAAGGAAUAUUCACGUUUGGACAUGGAGCCCGCACCUGCACCCGCACCCGAAGCCCGGGGCUUCACCCCCAAUAAAGAGGGGUUCAAACAGCUCGCGGGGAAGGCACUGGGCCGUAUGUACAGAGUGCUCGAGAAGCGACAGAAGCCCGGAGAUAACAUCGAGCUGACGGAAGAUGGCCGCCCAUCCGCUCCCAAGGAGAAGAAGAAACCCCUGCUCGACUGCACGUGCUGCGGGCUCCCGCGCCGCUACAUCAUCGCCAUCAUGAGUGGCCUGGGGUUCUGUAUCUCCUUCGGCAUCCGCUGCAACCUGGGCGUGGCCAUCGUCAGCAUGGUCAACAACAGCACAAUCCACCGGGAUGGCAAAAUUAUCAUCACGGAGAAAGCGGCGUUCAACUGGGACCCGGAGACGGUUGGGAUGAUCCACGGAUCUUUCUUCUGGGGUUACAUCGUCACGCAGAUCCCGGGAGGCUGGAUAUCCUCGAGAUUGGCGGCAAACAGGGUCUUCGGCUUGGCCAUAGUCCUCACCUCCAUUUUCAACAUGUUUAUACCUUCGGCAGCACGCACACACUACGGAUUGGUCAUCUUCGUCAGGAUACUGCAAGGCCUUGUGGAGGGUGUGACCUACCCAGCCUGUCAUGGGAUCUGGAGUAAAUGGGCCCCGCCCCUCGAGAGGAGUCGAUUGGCCACCACCUCCUUCUGUGGCUCCUAUGCUGGUGCUGUGAUUGCCAUGCCCAUGGCGGGGAUCCUAGUGCAGUACACCGGCUGGUCCUCUGUCUUUUAUGUCUACGGGGUUUGUGGGAUAUUCUGGUACAUGUUCUGGGUCCUGGUGUCGUACGAGAGCCCUGCUGACCACCCCACCAUCACAGAAGAGGAGCGCACCUACAUCGAGGAGAGCAUCGGAGAGAGCGCCAAGCUACUGGGCCCGGCCGAGAAAUUUAAGACCCCCUGGAAGAAGUUCUUCACCUCCAUGCCGGUGUACGCCAUCAUUGUGGCCAACUUCUGCCGCAGCUGGACCUUCUACCUGCUGCUCAUCAGCCAGCCGGCCUACUUCGAGGAGGUGUUCGGCUUCGAGAUCAGCAAGGUUGGCAUGGUGUCGGCGCUGCCACACUUGGUGAUGACCAUCAUCGUGCCCAUCGGGGGUCAGCUGGCCGACUACCUGCGUGCCAACAACCUCAUGUCCACCACCAACGUCAGGAAGAUCAUGAACUGUGGAGGGUUUGGUAUGGAGGCGACUCUGCUGCUUGUAGUUGGCUAUUCCCACAGUAAGGGUAUGGCCAUCUCCUUCCUCGUGCUGGCAGUGGGCUUCAGCGGCUUCGCCAUAUCAGGUUUCAAUGUCAAUCAUCUGGACAUCGCCCCUCGCUAUGCCAGUAUCCUGAUGGGCAUCUCCAAUGGGGUGGGCACCCUCUCUGGCAUGGUGUGCCCACUCAUCGUCGGAGCCAUGACCAAACACAAGACUCGAGAGGAGUGGCAGUACGUGUUCCUGAUCGCCGCCAUGGUGCACUACGGCGGCGUGAUCUUCUACGGGCUGUUUGCGUCGGGCGAGAAGCAGCCGUGGGCGGACCCGGAGCUGACCAGCGACGAGAAGUGCGGCUUCAUCGAGGAGGACGAGCUGGCGGAGGAGACGGGCGACAUCAUGCAGAGCUACAACGCAGCGGGCGGCCCGGCCAAGAGCUACGGCGCACCACCCAACUCAACGGGGCUGGGCGGAGGCUGGGAGAAGACGGAGGAGUACGUACAGGAGGGGGGCCAGCAGGCGGGCUAUGGGGGUACUCCUAGAGCUACACACACUUAA